UGUGUGACUCAAGGAACUGAUGAAGCAGGAAGUGUAAUCCUCCUCAACAGCAUUUACACUGAGGUCCACAUCACAGAGGGACAGAGUGAAGAGGUUAAUACCCAACAUGAGGUGAGGCAGCUUGAAACAGCUUCCAAGAUGAAGACCCUCCAUGACGCUCCAAUCAAGUGUCAGGACAUCUUUAAAGUCUUACCUGACCAACAGAAACACAUCAGAGUGGUUCUGAUGAACGGCGUCGCUGGCGUUGGAAAAACCUUCUCAGUGCUGAAGUUCACUCUGGACUGGGCACAGCGCUCCAACAACCAAGAUAUCAGUCUGCUGAUUCUGUUCUCGUUCAGGGCGCUGAACUUGAUCAAAGAUGAGCAGUACAGUCUGCUCAUGCUGAUCCAUGUUUUCUAUCCAACAUUACAGAAGCUCACAGCAGAGAAGCUCGCUGGCUGUAAAGUUCUGUUCAUCUUUGACGGCCUGGAUGAAAGCAGACUUUCACUGGAUUUCAACAACAGUGAGGUUGUGUCUGAUGUCACACAGAAGUCAUCAGUCAGCGUGCUGUUGACAAAUCUCAUCCAGGGGAAACUGCUUCCCUCGGCUCUCAUCUGGAUAACUUCCCGACCUGCAGCAGCCAAUCAGAUCCCUCCUUCAUGUGUUAGCAGGGUAACAGAAGUACGAGGCUUCACUGACGACCAGAAGGAGGAGUACUUCAGGAGGAGAUUCAGUGAUGAAGAGCAGUCCAGCACAAUCAUCUCACACAUCAAGACAUCCAGGAGCCUCCACAUCAUGUGUCACAUCCCAGUCUUCUGCUGGAUCACUGCUACAGUUCUGGACCACAUGUUGACUACAGACCAGAGAGGAGAGCUGCCCAAGACCCUGACUGACAUGUACUCACACUUCCUGCUGGUUCAGACAAAGAGGAAGAAGAACAAGUAUGAUGAGGGACAUGAGACGAGUCCACAGGAGCUGACGGAGGCUGACAGGAACCUUCUUCUGAAGCUGGGGAGGCUGGCGUUUGAACAACUGGAGAAAGGAAACAUCAUAUUCUACCAAGAAGACCUGGAGCAGUGUGGUCUUGAUGUCACAGAGGCCUCGGUGUUAUCAGGAGUUUGUACACAGAUCUUCAAAAGAGAGAAUGUGAUCUUCCAGAAAACAGUCUACAGCUUUGUUCAUCUGAGCGUUCAGGAGUUUCUGGCUGCAGUCUACCAGUACCACUGUUACACCAGCAGGAAGACAGAGGUACUGAAGGACUUCCUGAGAGAACCAAAACUAAAUGAUCAUGGUUUAACAUCUCUGGAUGACUUCCUAAAGAGAGCCAUGGAGAAAUCUCUCAGAAGUAAAAACAGCCACCUGGACCUGUUUGUCCGCUUCCUUCAUGGCCUCUCUCUGGAGUCCAACCAGAGUCUCUUAGGAGGCCUGCUGGGUCAGACAGACAACAGUCCAGAAACCAUCCAGAGAGUCAUCAACAACCUGAAGAAGAUGAACAGUGGUGAUAUCUCUCCUGACAGAAGCAUCAACAUCUUCCACUGUCUGAUGGAGACGAACGACCGCUCAGUACAUCAGGAGAUCCAAGAGUUCCUGAAGUCAGAGAACAGAUCAGAGAAGAAACUGUCUGUGUUUGACUGCUCAGCUCUGGCCUACAUGCUGCAGAUGUCAGAAAAGCCUCUGGAUUGGUUUGACCUGGAGAAGUACAACACAUCAGCGGACGGACGACUGAGACUGAUCCCAGCUGUGAGGAACUGCAGAAAUGCUCAACUUUGGGACUGUGAACUCUCAGAGACUCACUGUGAAGUUUUGGCCUCAGCUCUGAAGUCCAACCCUCAUCUGACACAUCUGGACCUGAAUAAGAACAAACUAUCUGAUUCAUCAGUGAAGCGUCUGUCUGCUGGACUGGAGAGU